UGUUCACCAAGCUGCUUUGGCUAAAGUCCCUGAGACUUUCAAUUUGAGUUUAUGCUGUGGCCCCGAAACACUCAUACAAGACCCUACUUUCAUUAUCGUUUUGCGUUCUCCUGAUCCAACCUCAACCUCACGCCUUAUCCUUCGUGUGUCUGGCGAUCUGGCCUUCGAAGCUCGCGGUGUUGCUGGUGUUGGGAUUGCGCUAAGUGCCAUGGCUGAGCGCUCGAUUCUUGACUGGAUUCCAAAUGAUAGUGAUGUGACUGAGCGUAACCGAUUUAGUCAUGUUCAAACGGUUGACACGUUACCGAAUCCUCCUCGAAUUGAUUCUAAGCCAUCCACAACUGCACCACCUGUCCCCACCGAUUGGGGUCCGGAGGAAUUUCCCUCUCUGGGCGAUGUUCCCACAACGACCACCAACAAUUCAAAAGCGAACGGCAAGGAAAAAUCUAAAAAGAAGCAGACUGGUCAUCAGAAACAACAAUCUACUACUCGACCAAAUACAAAUCACGUGGAGUCUGUCGUGCCCAAAGAUCCUGCCGAGAGUAAAAAGUCUGCAGCUUCGAUGAAGAAAGCGUCAGCGACGUCGAUUCCAGGCAUUUCCAAUCAUGAUUUGAUUGAUACAGAGUGCAUUCUGUAUGCUAAAGUGAGUUUUGUCAUUCUUUUGAACACUUCAUUGCUCAUCUCAAUCUUCAGCACCAAAAGUAGGUCUGAAGCUAUGACGUGCCUACGUAUUCAAUCGUUCGGGCAUAUGAUGAGGUCUUCCCAGGCAAGCACGAAGUGA